GCAGAAGUUGAACAGCGCGAGCCGAGAAACAUCCUGGCAGAUACAUAGAGAGCAAAGCAGCGGUCCUCAUUUUGGAGGGGGGGCUUAAUAUAACAAAUAUUUAUUUAUACACACACGUGUGGAGUGUUUAGCCGCACGAUAGGUCAUGAGUGGGAAACAAUAAUUUUAGACAAGCAUACCACUGCGGCUUUACGGUCAAAAUGCCUAUUUUACUUUUUCUGUUAGACACGUCCGCCUCUAUGAAUCAGCGCACUUAUUUGGGUACGACGUUUCUGGACGUUGCGAAAGGCGCGGUUGAGGUCUUUAUGAAGCUGCGUGCCCGAGAUCCGGCUAGUAGAGGGGACAGGUACAUGCUAGUUACAUUCGAUGAACCGCCAUACGGAGUGAAGGCGGGCUGGAAGGAGAACCAUGCUACCUUUAUGUGUGAACUGAAGAACCUGCAGGCCUCUGGACUCACGACGCUAGGACACGCUCUCCGGACGGCCUUUGACCUCCUCAACCUCAACCGCCUCGUCUCUGGAAUCGACAACUAUGGACAGGGCCGGAACCCGUUCUUCCUGGAGCCGUCCGUGAUCAUCACCAUCACUGAUGGGAAUAAACUCACCAACAGCUCGGGGGUGCCAGAUGAGCUGCACCUGCCUCUGAACUCUCCUCUGGCUGGCAGCGAGCUGACCAAAGAGCCUUUCCGCUGGGACCAGAGGCUGUUCGCUCUGGUGCUGCGGCUGCCAGGGGUGGCCACGUCGGACACAGAGCAGCUCGGUAGCGUCCCCACGGAUGACUCGGCGAUCACCCAGAUGUGUGAAGUCACUGGAGGACGGUCGUACUGCGUGAGAACACAGAGGAUGCUGAACCAGUGUCUGGAGUCGCUCGUCCAAAAAGUCCAGAGUGGUGUUGUCAUCAAUUUUGAGAAGACUGGACCAGACCCGCCCCUCGUAGGAGAAGAGAGCUCUGUGGAGCUGAGCCGUCCUGUGCCGCCCUUCAGCCCCCAGCCCUGGCACAGCUGCCACAAACUGAUCUACGUGCGACCAAACCCAAAGACGGGGGUGCCGGUGGGUCACUGGCCCAUACCCGAGUCCUUCUGGCCGGACCAGAAUUCUCCAACCCUGCCGCCUCGCUCGGCCCACCCCAUGGUGCGUUUCUCCUGCGCCGACUGCGACCCCAUGGUGAUCGACAAGCUUCCCUUUGAUAAGUAUGAGCUGGAGCCCUCUCCGCUCACCCAGUACAUCCUGGAGAGGAAGUCACCACACAUGUGCUGGCAGGUGUUUGUCAGCAGCAGCGGGAAGCAGACGGACUUAGGAAAGCCGUUUGGUUACCUGAAAGCCAGCACUACUCUCACCUGUGUGAAUCUGUUCGUCAUGCCCUACAACUACCCAGUCCUCCUCCCUCUCCUCGAUGAUUUGUUUAAAGUCCACAAACUCAAACCAAACCUGAAGUGGCGACAGGCCUUUGAGAUGUACCUGAAGACGAUGCCUCCGUACUACCUGCUGCCCUUAAAAAAGGCGCUGAGGAUGAUGGGAGCUCCAAACCUCAUCGCAGACACCAUGGACAGUGGUCUGAGUUAUAGUGUCAUCUCCUACCUGAAGAAGAUGAGUCAGCAGGCGAAGCUCGAGUCAGAUCGGCUCAUCGUGUCGGUGGGGAAGAAACCUCCUCAGGAAAGUGGCAUAAAGGUGAAGAACCACUCCAGUUCUCUCUCCCUGGCCCACCGGCGGGACUUCAAGCAGCUGCUGCAGGGAAUCACCGGGGAGGCGCCGUUUCGCCUGGCGGACAUCAACUUCAAAGAGUUCGCUGGCUUUCAAAUCGCCUUACUCAGCAAGGAGGUAAAACCUCAAACUUACCGGAACGCCUACGACAUCCCGAGACGGAGCCUCCUUGAUCAGGUCACCCGCAUGCGCUCAAACAUGCUGCGGACAUCUUUGAAGUUCAUCCAAGGCCAAGACGAUGACUCGCUGCACAGCGUUCCCGUGGCUCAGAUGGGAAACUACCAGGAGUAUCUCAAAAUGAUGCCGUCUCCUUUAAGAGAGCUGGACCCGGAUCAGCCCAAAAGGCUGCACACGUUUGGGAAUCCUUUCAAGCAAGAUAAAAAGGUACCUCUCGGAUCCCUCCACCCUACCUGCCCGUCGCUGCUGUUUGAUUCGUUGUCCCACUCGGUGUCAGCGGACGUGUUUUCUUCCCAGGGGAUGAUGAUCGACGAGGCAGACGAGUUUGUGGCUGGCCCUCAAAAUAAGAAAAGAGGAAAUUCUAAUGAUUCCAACUCCAGUUUGACCAUGAAGCGAAGGCGGAGCAUGUCCCCGUUGCUGCGGCGACCACAGACUCCUUCAGGGAACACCCAAGCAACGAUAGGGAAGAGUCCAGCAGGAGCUCAGGGCCAACAGGGUCUCCUCAAAGACUCUCCACAGCACAAAGGAGUUGAUGGGAACAACUUGGUGAUCACUGAGAGCAAUGGAGAUGGUGUCCUUGAGUAUGACUCUGGAGAAAUCUGGCCCACUGACCUAGACACGGAGGGGAUGAGUCCAUCUUCACUGGUUGUAGAAGACAAGUGUGCUGCAGUGGUGUCAGAUCAGGACGAGGACAUCUGCAGGGCAGAAGAGGCGGAGAUGGACGAUCAUCUGGAAGAGCAGCUGCUGGAGGAAAAACACAACUGUGAGGAUCUGAGUCCACAAGGUGAGGUGGACAUCUCUGAAGCUGAUCCUGCAGCUCUGGAGACCAUCUUCAUAUCUCCACUGGAUGGCUGCCAAGCAGAGCUCCGGAGCCGAGUCAUCAAGGAGGUCCGCAAACCUGGACGGAAUUAUGAAGCCAUCCUGGAUCUCCUGCAGCAGGUGAAAGGAUCUGAAAACACGCAGAAGUACUUCAUCCAACACGCCAUCAAAGAAGCUGCCAGGUUUAAGAAGCGGGUUUUGAUCCAGCAGCUGGAGACCAUCCUGGUGGAGCUGGGAGGGGGACCGGACAACCUGCUGCCAGCCUCCAACUCAUCAUGGGAGGUGGUCUCAGCAGAUCCGGACAAGUCUCCUUUCUCCUGAAGGUCCUCUGCUGCUAGGUUUUACCAGUAAACAAACGUUCACGCUCGUCUAGUGUUGCUGCAUCGUGUCAAAGAGUUCUACUGGAGGUCGUCAGAACCGAGCCCUUUGGGUUGUCUGGACAGGAAAAAUAUCCUCUUCAUACUGACAGAUGCCUCAAACAUCUACAUGGCUCUGCACACACACACACACACACACACACACACACACACACACACACACACACACACACACACACACACACACACACACACACACACACACACACACACAGUCUGAUGCUCUCUAAAGCCUGAACUCCUUCAGCUGGUCUGAAAAGUGUUUCCAAACAUGUUUUUAUAAAUAAAACAUUUUUCAUAUCGUUUAGUGACGGGCAGGAAAAACCAGAUCAAACCAGAUGACAUCUGCUACUCACUGAUUUUUUAUUUCCUGUAUUUAUUGUCUUUAUUUCUCCGGGUUGAUUCUGUUAUCUAAUACUUGACUGUUUUUAGAGGUUGGUUCUGACGCGCUCCAGCAUCAGGGGUUGUGCAAUAUGGAUCAAGUCUGUGAGCUCCGGGGGUGGGGGUGCUUUUCUGAGAGGGUUCAGUCGUUUUAAUGUGGUCGUUUAAGGAUCGGACGUUCGUUCAGUUAGGCAUAAUCCACCCUGGUUGGAUAUGAAGAAACUCACGACUGAACGAGGGUUUCAGUGGUUUCCAAGUGUGUAAAAGUUAUAAUCAUCAAACUGAGCAGCUUCUGUUUGAGUAGGUAGAGGUCACGUCUGACAGGAUUGAUAAGCUAAAGGCUAGUCUGACAGGAGCCGAAUGUUUUGCUGCCAUCUUAAAGCAGCUCCGAUCUUUCACACUGCUUUUGUGAUUAAUGCCAAACACAAUCGGCAGCUAGGUGUAGCUCUCCAACUAGAACCAGCAGGAGCGGACGUUCCUGCUGAAACUACCGUGUGAGGCUGAAUCAACAAUGGUGUAAAGCUUUUUCAGGUUUACAUGCAGCAGCGGCGGCUCACCAGACCAACUCCUGUGAAAAAUACACCAUCUACACAGUUAGAGGUGCACCAAAAAUAAGCACCGGUGCUCCAGGUAAUGCACCGUCGCCCGUUCACCAAGGUGUGUGAAUGCACCGUCCCUCUAAGCACCAGUUACCAUGAGAAAUAAUAGAUUUUACACGCAAGGUUUGGAUACCAGAAUUCUCGUUCCCAAGUUAAUCAGAGCUUGAAAACAAAAAGUCUCCAAGUUGGUCCAAGUCAAGCUUGUCGGCUGUGCAGGGAUCAGAAAUCAGAAUGGGUGCGUUUCUGGACGACGGUAACAACUCGCCACUUUUACACAAAAACAAACUGCAGUCCCGAUCAGUGAAAGCUGUUUUCACCCUGCAGUAUGUUUGUGCGUCAGCGUUGGAGAAGCUGGUUUAAGGGUGAAGAGCCGCUGCCUGAUCUUCUGCUGUCGGUUAAAUACGCGAACAGAGGAUUGUAUCGCUUCAUCUGUUCUCACAGCCGCUAACCCCGCGGCAGGAACACUCCUGGUCAUCUCCACCACUCUGCAGGUUCUCUCCUCUCUUUGUUGUGAUGUACAUCAGAUGUUCACUACUUAUUAUUCUACAUAGGCAGUUAUAGAUUAUUUUUGUACAUUUAACACCAGAGUAAAGAAAUAUUUUGUAAGAAAUGUUUUUAAGCCAUUUUUUGUAAACUGUUAAACCUUCAGAGCAGAAUGUUUUAUAAGGACACUUUUAUACAACACACAAUAAAUAAAGCACAUGUAGGGUGGCC